UGAUCCCGAGGCUCGGCGCGCUUCGGGGCAGAAGCCCGGAGACGCAGUCGUCGACGCCUCCACUGCCGGCUUUUCUGCUGCUACCCGCGGCCCCCCAGCCCCUUUCCCCGCCCGCGGCCCCGAGUCGGCCCUCCAGCCGAACCCCGCCGGCCGCUGCGAGACCCCUGGCAUUGGCAAGGACUGGUUUCGAGGGGACCGCAGGCGCGCAGACUCGCCCCCCGCCGGAGCGCCCCAGCCCGGCCUCGGAGCGGCUCCUUGUAGACGUUCGAGAAGCCUGCCGAGUGCCGUCCCGGCGCCCGACCGCCCACCGCCCGGCCGCCGGCCCGCUUCUUCCUGAUGCAGACUGCCGUCCACUAGAGGUUGGACAGACCCCCGAGGUGAUUCAUGGCAGGGGACAUGGAAGGAUUCUGUUCCUCCAUCCAUGACACCAGUGUCUCUGCUGGGUUCAGAGCACUGUAUGAGGAGGGAUUGCUUCUUGAUGUCACUCUGGUUAUUGAAGAUCAUCAGUUCCAGGCCCAUAAAGCACUCUUGGCCACCCAGAGUGAUUACUUCAGAAUUAUGUUUACUGCAGACAUGAGGGAGCGAGAUCAGGACAAAAUUCAUUUAAAAGGUCUAACUGCUACUGGUUUCAGCCACGUUCUUCAGUUUAUGUACUAUGGAACUAUAGAACUGAGUAUGAAUACUGUUCAUGAGAUUCUUCAGGCUGCCAUGUAUGUUCAACUUAUAGAAGUGGUGAAGUUCUGCUGCUCCUUUCUGUUAGCGAAAAUCUGCUUAGGGAACUGUGCCGAAAUUAUGAGACUCUUAGAUGAUUUCGGUGUAAACAUCGAGGGAGUCAGGGAGAAGCUGGACGCCUUUCUGCUAGACAACUUUGUUCCACUCAUGUCCAGGCCUGACUUCCUGUCUUAUCUGAGCUUUGAGAAGCUCAUGUCUUAUUUGGAUAAUGAUCAUCUGAACAGGUUCCCAGAGAUAGAGCUGUACGAGGCUGUGCAGUCUUGGCUGCGGCAUGAUAGAAGACGCUGGAGACAUACCGAUACCAUCAUUCAGAACAUCAGGUUUUGUUUGAUGACCCCAUCCAGUGUUUUUGAGAAGGUUAAGACGUCAGAAUUCUACAGAUACUCCCGCCAGCUGCGCUAUGAAGUUGACCAAGCGCUGCAUUACUUUCAGAACGUUCACCAGCAGCCUUUGUUGGAUAUGAAAUCAAGCCGCAUCCGCUCUGCCAAGCCGCAAACUACAGUAUUCCGAGGCAUGAUUGGACACAGCAUGGUCAACAGUAAAAUACUUCUCUUAAAGAAGCCGAGAGUCUGGUGGGAACUGGAGGGCCCCCAGGUACCUCUGCGCCCGGACUGCCUUGCUAUUGUCAAUAACUUCGUGUUCUUGUUGGGCGGGGAAGAACUGGGCCCAGAUGGCGAGUUCCAUGCUUCUUCCAAAGUGUUCAGGUAUGACCCAAGACAAAACUCUUGGCUGCGGAUGGCAGACAUGUCUGUACCGCGUUCAGAAUUUGCAGUUGGUGUUAUUGGGAAGUUUAUUUAUGCCGUAGCAGGCAGAACCAGAGAUGAGACUUUCUAUUCAACAGAGAGAUAUGAUAUCACCAAUGAUAAGUGGGAAUUUGUGGAUCCUUAUCCAGUUAACAAGUAUGGACAUGAGGGGACAGUGCUCAAUAACAAGUUGUUUAUCACCGGUGGAAUCACCUCAUCUUCCACCUCCAAACAAGUGUGCGUUUUUGACCCCAGUAAAGAAGGAACCAUCGAACAACGGACCAGGAGAACCCAAGUAGUUACCAACUGCUGGGAGAAUAAAAGCAAAAUGAAUUACGCAAGAUGCUUUCACAAGAUGAUUUCUUACAACGGCAAGCUUUAUGUCUUUGGUGGUGUCUGUGUGAUCUUGAGGGCCUCUUUCGAAUCUCAGGGCUGCCCUUCCACAGAAGUGUACAACCCAGAGACUGAUCAGUGGACUAUCUUGGCGUCCAUGCCAAUUGGUAGAAGUGGCCAUGGUGUGACCGUGCUGGACAAACAAAUAAUGGUUCUUGGAGGCCUUUGCUACAACGGUCAUUACAGCGAUUCCAUUCUCACUUUUGAUCCAGAAGAAAACAAGUGGAAGGAAGAUGAGUACCCGCGGAUGCCCUGCAAGCUGGAUGGUUUACAAGUAUGCAACCUGCAUUUUCCAGAAUAUAUACUGGAUGAAGUCAGACGUUGCAACCAGUGACAUCUUUCUCCUUUAAAAAAAGCCAAACAAAAAGUUUGUUUGUGACAAAGUAGUUAACUAAAAAACAUAAAGAAAAACCUCACCAGUUUUACUAUCAAAGCCAUUGGUCUAAUAGUAUACAAAUUUUUCAUUCUGUGCUAGCAUCCUUUUUUUUCUUUUUAGUGGCCUCAAACUCAUGCAAUAAGUUAAUUCUAAGCGCUAGCUCUUGAAACUACUUCCAGAAGCAGUUUAAUAGAAUGAUCCACUUAUCUGGGAAGUUGAUUUUAUGCUUUAAACAUUUCUUUCAGAUGUCAGCGUAGGAGUCAUGCAUCUUCUAAGAGCAGACCUGAUAAGUGUCACUUGAUGUAAUUUCAGAAUAACCAGGGAAUGGCUCGUUCAAAUUGAUGCCAUUUUUUCCUGAAGUAGAGUCUAUAUCUGAAAUCUUUUUGAACAUUUAUUUCAGUGUAUUUCAGUCCGUUAGACCUUUUGGUUUUAUUGUUUAAAACUCUUGACCUUUUUUGCAUGGCUUUUUGCUGAAAAUGCAAAAAUAUAAAUUUUCUACAAAAUUAACUUUUUAUAUUCAAAACACUAUUUCUAAGCUGCCUUCUCUUAUCUGCAUUGUGUUAGUGAAAGCAUAUCCAUACUUGCAUACAUCUUAUGACUAUAUAAGGCACAUCCCCUUUUGUGCGUGGUUAGGAUUCUAUAUUUUUAAGCUAGUGCACUUGCACACACGGUUUGCCAUACUUGUUGAAUUUUAGAUGUAAUGUCUUUUCAUGUAUUAACGUUUUUAGAAAGUUAUAAUAACUGGAGUCCUCAUUUGGUAUCAGAGUAGCCUAUCUUUAGUCCAUACUGAUUCAGUAAUAUUUGAACUCCUUAUAUUCCUGAAACAUGUAUGGAUUUAUGAAAACUAACAUUUUAUAUUUUCUUUUCAAAAGUUAACGUUAGUGUUCCUUAUCGAUGUAUGUCUUGUUGAAAAUGUUUUUCUUUGCAGUUUGUUUAACGUUGCCCUGUUUUUAGUGAGAAUCGGAGUGGUAUAUGACAAGCCCUGGCCCCUGCAGCGUGCAAGCACUUUUAAAGAGAAUUUAGGUAAUACCAGACUCCUAAGUAAAGGCCCCUAAAAGUAAGUGCAACUCCCGUUCUUGACAUUCAAUAAAGCUGCUGCAUCUGUUAUUGAAUGGAAAGUAGCAACUUGUGGAAAAUUGGAGCUCAGUUUUGAUUUAGAGGUAAGGAGUAGGAGGUUAGGAGUAGGAUUAUAAUCUUACUGGUCAUAUCUACUUGUUUGUUUAGUACAAAAUACUUAGCGGCACUGGGCAUGUAAGCCCUCAGCUUUUGUUUUACUUACUGAAAGCUACUAGCAUGAAGGACAGUAACCUCAAAGUUCAGAAUGGAUCAAGAGUAAUUGUUUAAAAGCAUUUGUACUAAGUGUUUUAGGAUUAGCCGCACCUUUCAACUUUUUUUGAACUUGAAGGAAAAACAUAGUUCACAAAAUUAAGAAUAACCAGGGAAUGGCUCAUUCAAAUUGAUGCCAUUUUCUCGUGAGUAGAGUCUAUAUCUGAUACAGACUAGAUCUACACUGGCAGAACCUGCCAGACCUUAGGAUAUCGGUGCAAUAUUGCAAUGCCUUCUGUAUGGCUGUUGUAGAAGUUUUCUAGUUUCACUUUUUUUUUUUUUUUUUUUUUUUGCUGCUGCACCACUGAAUAUAAAAUGGAAAAGUGAAGUCAUGGAAAUGUGAAGACUUUUGUUGUUUUGCAGUUACAUUAGACAACUAUGAAAAAAAAAACCUGAUUUUUAAAACUCCAAAACUGGAGGUGUUUGAGUUUAAGAAACAGGUACACAGUAGUUUUUGAAAAAGAAAAACAUUGUCAUUGGUUUUAGAAAUCAAGUUAAUAAUGUUCUUUUGUAUGUGAGACUUAAAUUUUUAUUAAAUGGUUCUAUCAUUUACUUUGUUUUUAAAAGUGGAAUUCGAUACCAUGUCCCAUGGUAAUAUGGGUAAAAGUCUUUUUCUGCAUUUUAAAAAUCAUUUCUAAUUUUACUUUUGAAAGCUAGGACUAGGUUAGUCAUUUAAUUCUUUUCCUAAUAUAUUAGUUGGUUUAGUGUUUUGUACGUGUGCUGUCUUACUUUAAAGAAAAUAACAGUAAUGUCUUCAUUAUUUUCCUUGUGGUUGUCUUUUGCUGGAAAAGACCGAGACAGGGUACCCCUAAGCAAGCUUUUACACUCCAGUGGUGGUUCUCUUUAAUUGCUUAGAUAUGACUUCAUAGCCCUAGUUAAGGUAAGAUCUGGGCAAACAAUUGCAAUUCUUGGUCUUCUAUUCUAAAGACACAAGGCCAAGCUCAAAGUUCACGUUUUGAGAAAUUUGUGAAAUCUUAACUUGAACUAACUGAGUUCAGCUUCACACAUAAAUCAUGUCUGAACUGAUGUUAGCAGUAAUCAGUUUGGAGCUUUAAGAAUAGUUGCUGUUGUUUGGGUUCUUCACGAAUAUAUGAGAAAGUUCUGUUUAUAUGUAGCGACAAUUUAAGGUUCCUUUAAAUCCAUGAAUAAUUUACAUUCCCUUUUCAAACUAUGGCUUAAUUGCUGAAAGAGAUUUAUUUUUGUUAUACUAAACUGUGGAAAAAUUUUUCAUAGUUUUUUUUUUUCAAGUUUAUUUUUUGUGUGCUUCAUUUGGAACCAUUUUUGUUUAUAUACAUUGUUAUGUGUUCAGAAUAGUAGUUUUUUAAAAUUUAGUAAGAGAUUUGAAACUAUAAAGUGCAACUGUUGUGACCUUUGUUAAUUUUCACUUUACAUUUUAAAUGCCAGACUUUACAAAAAUAGCUGGUCUUCGUUAAUUGCAUCUUAAUUAGAAAUGUUUGUUCUCUACCAUGUCUUUGACCUAAGUUUUGAUUUUAAUCUGCUUAAAGAAAAUCCUUGCACUACAACCUUUACAUAAAAUUCAAAAUUCUCCCAUUGAAGGUUUUGUAUUGGAAGAAAUACUACUGGUUUUUGAAAAGCAAAGCUUAAUAGAAUUAUUAGCUUUUCUUGAGACAGCUUUCUCUGUGUCCUCAUUACUCUGCUCUGUGUGAGUGUUACUAUAAUUUGUGAAAUACUGACUGAGCCCUUCACUUACCUUUUCUAAAGCAGCACCUUUGGACACCUCAUUCUGGGAAGCCCGCUCGAGUCACAGUAAAGGACACACACAUUUGUGUGGGGAGAAGUGGUAAAAAUGGAGAGUUUUGUCUUAAUUACAUGAAACUAAGCUUUAAAAUAUUUUAUAACAAAUUAUUUGAGCUGCAUAAUCUAAACAUGUCAAACGUUCAGUGGGACUAUUUUUAUAUAUGUAUAUGUGGUGAUAGGUCAUAACAUUUCAGUUCAUAAUAUAAAUUGUUAUUUCAGUUUAUAAGCUAUCUCUCAAAAAAGACUAGCUCUUUUGAGAAUACAUAAUUUAAAGUUUUAGACUAAAGUAAAAUACAACAUAGACAAUAGUGUAAAUUA